AUGGCGGCUUCCUAUCAACAUGCUGUACUUGAGACAUUGACUGAUCCUACAGAUGUCUGGGAAAUAAUAGAGACGAUUGGAAAAGGAACCUUUGGAAAAGUCUACAAAGUAUCUAAUAAGCUAGAUGGUAGCCUAGCUGCAGUCAAAGUACUGGACCCAGUCAGUGUUGUUGAUGAAGAAAUUGAAGCAGAAUAUAGCAUCCUGCAGUCACUCACAAGUCAUCCCAAUGUUGUUAAGUUCUAUGGAAUGUUCUACAAAACUGAUUUGAAAUCUGGUGGACACCUCUGGUUGGUUCUAGAGCUGUGCAAUGGAGGUUCUGUCACUGAGCUUGUCACUAAUCUGCUCAAGCAUGGCCAAUGCAUGGAUGAAGCACUAAUCUCAUACAUUUUGUAUGGGGCACUUUUGGGCCUUCAGCAUUUACACAACAACAGGAUUAUUCAUCGUGAUGUCAAGGGCAACAACAUACUCUUGACAAUAGAAGGAGGAAUCAAGCUGGUUGACUUUGGUGUUUCAGCUAAGCUUACAAAUGCAAGAUUACGUCGAAACACUUCUGUGGGUACACCCUUUUGGAUGGCACCUGAGGUCAUUGCUUGUGAACAACAGUUUGACUACUCGUAUGAUACCCGAUGCGACAUAUGGUCUUUAGGCAUCACAGCAAUUGAACUUGGUGAUGGCGAGCCACCUUUGUCUGAUCUGCAUCCUGUGAAAGCACUCUUUAAGAUUCCAAGAAACCCACCACCAACUUUGUUGCACCCAGGAAAAUGGUGUAAAGGAUUCAACAACUUCAUUUCACAAUGCCUAAUUAAGGAUUUUGAAGAGCGUCCAUCAGUUGCAUAUUUAUUGGACCACCCAUUUAUAAAGCAAGCUCAUGGGAAAGGCGUAAAGCUACAGCAGCAGCUAGCUAAUCUGAUCAAAGUACAGCAAGAAGAAUAUUCAGCAAAAACUAGGCAAGAGCAUAUCUGUAACAGAAGAAGUCAUCACAUGAGGGCCUCAGAGAGCAGUGGUCAGAACAUGUCCGAUGACUUAGUCACACUUGAAUUCCUUGAUGAGGAAACCAUCAUCUAUUGCCUGCAGAAAAGGUAUUCAGAGUUACAGAUAUACACCUAUGUUGGAGACAUUUUAAUUGCUUUAAAUCCUUUCCAGGAUCUAUCUAUAUAUACUCCAGAGUUUUCAAAGAUUUAUCAUGGAGUUAGGCGUUGUUCAAAUCCACCACAUAUCUUUGCCACUGCAGAUGCUGCUUAUCAAGGAAUGGUAACCUUUAGCAAAGACCAGUGUAUUAUCAUAAGUGGAGAAAGUGGCGCUGGUAAGACGGAGAGUGCGCAUUUGAUUGUUCAGCACUUAACCUAUCUGGGAAAGGCCAAUAACCGUGUUCUGAGAGAGAAAAUCCUUCAAGUUAAUCCACUUGUGGAAGCUUUUGGAAAUGCUUGCACUAUGAUCAAUGAUAAUUCCAGUCGAUUUGGGAAAUAUCUAGAAAUGAAAUUUACUCCCACAGGUGCUGUGAUGGGAGCAAAAAUCUCUGAAUAUCUUUUGGAAAAGUCCAGAGUUAUUCAACAACCAGCAAAUGAGAAAAAUUUUCAUAUUUUUUAUUACAUCUAUGCUGGUCUCUUUCAUCAGAAGAAAUUAGCAGAAUAUAAACUUGCGGAAAAUAGAUCUCCUAGGUAUAUUGACAAUGAUAAAAACAAGAAUAUGCAGGAUAUUUUAGUCAACAGCUUGUACAGGGAGCGUUUUGAAGCCAUUCAGCAUUGUUUCAGAAUCAUUGGAUUUACUGAUGAGGAGGUUCAUUCUGUGUACAGAGUUCUUGCUGCAAUCCUAAAUACUGGAAACAUUGAAUUUGCAUCCAGAGCCUCAAAACAUCAGAUGGAUAAAAGUGAAAUUCCUGAUGGCGAGCCAUUAGAAAACACUUCAACUCUACUUGGUAUUGGUUCUGAAGAGUUUCAAGAAGCACUUACUUCUCACUGCGUUGUGACACGGGGGGAAACCAUAGUCCGUACAAAUACUGUGGAUGAGGCAUCUGAUGUUAGAGAUGCCAUGUCAAAAGCCUUGUAUGGGAGACUUUUCAGCUGGAUUGUAAACCGCAUUAAUACCCUUCUUCAACCUGACAAAAGUGUAUGCGAUACAGAAAAUGGAAUGAAUGUGGGGAUUCUGGACAUCUUUGGAUUUGAGAACUUCAGAAAGAAUUCCUUUGAGCAACUGUGUAUCAACAUUGCCAAUGAACAAAUCCAAUUUUACUUCAACCAACACAUCUUUGCUCUUGAACAGACUGAAUACCAAAAUGAGGGAAUUGAUGCUGCAAGUGUGGAAUACCAGGAUAAUCGACCAAUCCUGGACAUGUUUCUUCAGAAACCAAUGGGUUUAUUGUCUUUGCUUGAUGAAGAAAGCCGAUUCCCGAAAGCAUCUGACCAGACACUAGUCGAUAAAUUUGAAGACAACCUACGGACAAAUUAUUUUUGGAGACCAAAGGGCAUGGAAUUGUGUUUUGGAAUUGAACAUUAUGCUGGCAAGGUUCUUUAUGAGGCAUGUGGUUUCCUUGAAAAAAAUAGAGACACACUUCCUGCAGAUAUAGUAGUUGUGCUUAGGACAUCAGAAAAUAAAUUGCUUCAGCAACUCUUUUCUGGUCCACUAACUAAAACAGGUAACUUAGCACAGUCAAGAGCAAGGAUAAGUGCAGCAUCCAGGUCAUUACCUCCACAACUACAUGCAAGCCGGAAUAAGGUUGAUACAAUGGAAGUUAUGCGACAUCCCGAGGAAACAACAAACAUGAAAAGACAAACUGUGGCUUCUUAUUUUAGGUAUUCAUUGAUGGAUCUCCUGUCUAAAAUGGUGGUUGGACAGCCUCAUUUUGUCCGUUGCAUCAAACCCAAUGAUGAUAGACAAGCAGAAAAGUUUUUUGAAGAAAGAGUAUUGGUUCAACUGCGGUACACUGGCAUCUUGGAAACAAUACGCAUUCGUGCACAAGGAUAUUCUCAUCGUAUCCUCUUUGAAGACUUUGUUAAAAGAUAUUACUACCUUGCCUUUAGGGCACAUCAGACACCUCCUGCUGAUUGUGCAAGCUGCACUGCUAUCCUACAGAAAGCAAGACUAGACAAGUGGGUGCUUGGGAAAACCAAGGUAUUCCUCAAAUAUUAUCAAGUAGAACAGUUAAAUUUACUGCUCAGAGAAGUCAUUGCCAGUAUUGUGGUUAUUCAAGCCCACAUCAAAGGCUGGCUAGGAGCCAAGAGAUACAAGAAAGCACAAGCACAAAAACAAAGCAGUGCCAUCAUCAUCCAGUCAGCCUGGAGAGCAUAUGUUGCACAUAAAAUCUACAAGCAAUUGAAGACACAAAGAGAAGCUGCAAUUUGCAUCCAAGCAGGUGUCAGGGGAUAUCUGGCUCGCAAAGAAUAUAAAAUGAUGACUGAAUAUGAUAUUUUAGCAAGAGGACAAGAGUUCUGGAGCACAAAAUAUAAAUCCAGCAAUGACUGUGAAAAAACACGUCACAUCAGUUAUAUUGAAUCUCAUGAAGAAGGCAUUGAAGUUCAGAAUGUGAAAGAUGAAAAGGCUUCUGAUGAAGGAACAAAUCAUCAAUCAACAAAUGAAUCACAGCCUCAAUCACAUCCAGUUAUGAAAGGAUCAGGCAAGGAGACAGAACAAAGACAGUUAAGAACACCGCGUCGACGAACGCAGCAGCCCAAAAUGCUGAACAGCCCUGAGGACAGCCUGUAUUAUAACCAGUUAAAUGGAAUCCUAGAAUACCAAGGGAGCAAAAGAAAGCCAAGAAAACUUGGCCAAAUCAAAGUGCUGGACAUUGAGGAUGAGUAUUACAAAUCACUAUCAGCUGUUGAACCUGUCCCUGAGGAAACUGAUUCAUUAAACUCUAGUCUUCCUAUUCCAAGAGGUCCAGGAUUUACUCAUAGCUGAAAGAAGACACUAUAGGUUGACUUGGACUCUCGCUUGAAGCCAAGGAACCCGAGUGCAUCAUGUAUUUAAUGCUUCAAUGAGCUUAAACAAUGGAUAUAUAAUUGUUGUAUUAAUUAAUGUGUAACCUAGUGAUUUAUGCUAAAAUGUAAUGCCUUCAUGCAGGCAUUUGUAUUUACUUUGUGCUCCCUAAAUAACAGUAGUUUGUUACUAACAUUGGUUGUAUUAGACACAGUGAUAUUUAAAUACCUAAAUGUUCAUCUCUGUUUAUUAUACUUUGAAAGAAACUGAACUACACUUAGGAUCCACUACAAGACUGAAUUUUACUAAAUGAUUUUUAAAUGCAUUGCCAAUCGUAUUCCUAUGAUAAUCAAAAGCUGGUCAUUUUUUUUUCAAAACAUUUGUUUUGAUUGAGUUGAAAACUUUGCACAAUGAAAUUUAAAGUAUUUUGACUUCAAAUGCCCUACUUGAUAAUAAAUUGAAAUGUAGCUUGGUUUACUCACCAGGUGAGUGAUUUGCUUUUAAUUAGCACAUUUAUGUGAUGUAAAACAUGGUUGGAUGUCUCAGAACAUUUGGCAGUGAACCCAAAGUAUACUAUAAUUUUCAAAUGAAUAUGUAUUUGGGGCCUAUUAAUGGUUUGAAAGUAAUUCAUACUAAUCAAUGUUCCAG